GCUCCUACCUCUACAUAAAGAGUGAAGUAGAAUCCAAUCUAAGUUCCAAGAUGUGCAAAGCCAAAAUGGGCAACCUUAGUCUAUACUUGGUACUAACAAUCUUGUCUUGUUAUCUUGCCGAUACAGCACAGUCUUCUUCCUUUCCCUCAAACUUCAUCAAAGCCUCUUGCAGAGCCACCCGGUACCCAUCCUUGUGCAUCGACUGUCUCUCCGCCUAUGCCAACUCAAUCCAGCAGAGCGAGCGGCAACUGGCCGAGGUAGCCCUGUCGGUCAGCCUGGCCAAGGCUAGGUCGGCCGCCAUGUUCGUGGUCAAGCUGACAAGAUCGGCCAGAGGGCUAAAACCGAGGGAGCUCCAGGCGGUUAAAGACUGCGUGGACACCAUGGGCGACACCAUGGAUCAGCUGAGGCGCUCCGUCCGGGAGCUUGGGCGGGCUGGGCGAGUGCCGAGUCAGGACUUUGUGUGGCAUGUGGGGAAUGUGCAGACCUGGGUUAGCGCGGCUUUGACCAACGAAAACACUUGCCUUGAUGGGUUCGCUGGGCCUGCCAUGGAUGGGAAUGUGAAGGGGGCGAUUAGGGCCAGAGUUGUUAAUGUUGCUCGAGUCACUAGCAACGCUCUUGCCUUGGUUAAUCGCUUUGCCGCGAGACACAGACCCGGCGGCGCUAACGUUCCUUGAAUGAUUGCAGUCUUCAAGUAAGAGAAAUUGAAUCAUGGGCUCCAUCCAAUUAAAAGCCUAGUUGAACUACACAUUUAUGUUUAUACUAUAUUUAUGCUCACAAGAAGGACUGUGUUUAAGUUGGAGUCAAACUUGUUAUGCUUUUGAGCUAACUAGCUUUUAAGGUGAGGUUAGAAUUUGGAUAUGCUUAAGUGCCUAGUUGUGAGUUUGCUAUCUUGCUGGUUUUUGUGCAUAGGUGUUAAUCUUGUUGUCUUAAUGUACUGGAUAUAGUGUGGUUGUGUAAGUGUUGUGUUGUAUGAUCAAUUUUGUAGCCACCAAAACUUGUGCACCACAUCACCGUGACUACGAUAUAUGUAAAUGUAGUAAAGGAUUGUUGAUUGCUCAUGGAACUAUGUAACUAUGUAAGGUAUCUUUGUUGUCAUAUAUUCUGCAUUAUUAUGUGUUUCUUCA